CCGAGGCCACUUGUACUGAACGGUAACCGAGGGAGAUCUGCGCACUGCGGCUGCUUCUCUGCCGUUCCCCGGGAGGUAGAACCGGCCUGGAGAUAUCUGUCCUUCAGGGAGGAUUACAACCAGCCGAGCUGUCCUUUGUUCCCCAACAAAGAUAAUGUUCCUGAAACACACCUGAGUUGCACAAGAGCUGCCAUAUCUGAAGAAGACUGAGGGUGAAGGACGAAACAAACUGAUGAGAACUGUGCAAAUCUGAACAUGUUCCUGAUAACUUUCUGUAUAACAAAACAAAAUCAGUUCUGCUGAAACUUGACAACUGAGGCUGGUGUGUGUGUGAGCGGGAUGGAGGGUGCGUCAGGGCGUGUGUGAGCCAUGGCGUCCACGUUGUCCCGGCUGCAGUUCGGCCGGAUGCGUGGUCUUCGUGCUAAACUGCUGAGGCGUUAUGAACACCAGCCUUUAGUGACCUGCCUGGCCGGUCUGUACGGCUGCCGGUGGAGACGCUACGAGAGGAGCCGCACUCAGCCCGGAGACUGCUGCUGCAACAAGUUGGAAGGUGCCAGCUUCGCUCUGCUCGUGGCGGCUUUCUGCUUAACUCUGGUGUUUCUCUACUUCUGGGGACAAGCAAAGAACGACUACAAUGACUUUGACUGGUUUAACUUCGGGAACCUGGGCUUCUGGUUCCCCUGGUCUGUGGUGCUGCUGGUCAUCGCCGCCGGCUUCUUCACCUACAUCACUGUGCUCAUGCUGCUGGCUGUGUGUCUGGUGUCGGAGGGCCAGAAGCUCUAUCUACACUGGAGUCACAAGAUUGGGAUCCUGGUGAGUUUGACUUUCUCCAUCGUAGCCACCGCCGUCUUGUCCGACCUGUGGAGUAAAGAGUGGAAGACGUUACUUCUUUCCUUCCAGGUGACAGCACCUUAUUUGCAUGUGGGUGGAGUCUUACUGAUGACGGCGCUGGCUUGGCCGGUAGCUUUGCAUUUCUUUCGCAUGAACAGCAGAGCGAGGCGCGGUCUGAUCAUGGGGGUGUACCUGACCAUCCUGUUUGCCCUCUACUUGGUGCCCCUCGGUUUGUAUUCUCCUUGUAUCAAAGAGGAGCGGACCCUGGGCCCCGCACCCCCCCUCAUCGGCCACAGAGGAGCACCCAUGCUCGCUCCAGAAAACACACUGAUGUCUUUUGAGAAGGCGGUGGAAGCUGGAAGUAAAGGUCUGGAGACGGACGUCACUAUCAGUUUUGAUGGGGUGCCCUUCCUGAUGCAUGACCGCACCCUCCGACGGACCACCAACGUCCACGAGGUUUUCCCCAACCGGACCGACGCUCCGGCCGCCAUGUUCACCUGGGCCGAACUGGAGAGUCUGAACGCCGGCGCCUGGUUCCUCUCCCACAAUCCGUUCGGUACAGCCGGCUCUCUGGGAGCAGAGGAGCGACAGCGGGCGGGAAACCAGUCGGUCUGCAGCCUGCAGGCCUUCCUCCAGCUGGCAGCUCAGACAGACAAACUGGUGAUCUUUGACCUCUACCGCCCACCCAGAGGUCACCCGUACAGAGACACCUGGAUCCAACGCACGCUGGAGGUCAUCCAGAACGAGUCCUCCAUCCAUUCCUCACAGGUGCUGUGGCUGCCAUCAGAUCUCAGGGCUCUGGUGCAGGAAAUAGAUCCCGAGCUGCAGCAGACGUCUGGAAGUCGGCUCCCUCUAGAGGAGCUGCAGAGUAACAACAUCGUCAAACUGAACCUGCACUACAGCUCCAUGUCCGCUGAGCUCGUCAGGGAGUACGAGGCUGUGAACAUCACCACCAACCUGUAUGUGAUCAGCCAGCCGUGGCUCUACUCUCUGGCCUGGUGCAGCGGCGUCCACUCGGUCACCACCAACUCCCCCCAGCUGCUCAGCACCAUGAGCUCCCCCCUCUUCCUCAUGAGUCCAGAUGAAUACAACCUGAUGUGGAUUCUCACCGAUCUGCUGUCCCUCGUGCUGAUCCUCAUCGUCUUCACUUUCCACUGGUGGCGAGAGCGAGGGCUGGCGUUCUCCUCGGGCAGCAAAAUCACACUGGACAACGGCACUUACAGCAAGUUCAAGACAGAGAUGAGCGACAUAUGGUCAGUCACCAGCGCUAACUCGCAAGCAGAGAGGACGCCAAACCUGGCAACCGUCACAGAGCACUGACCGACAUCGGCCUCUGAGAGGAGCCGACCUGGCAACACUGAGCCGCAUACUGCCAACCUGUAAGAUCUCAGUCCACUUUGUUUUAAUGAAAUAAAGUGAUGGAAACAUUCCUUCACUCUCUUAGUAGCUGUUUUAUCAGCACUCUGCACAAAAAUCUAAUCUUCUUGUCAGGUUGAAUGUUUAAAUGAUUUUAAAAAAGUUUAGUUUAUUUUGAGCCGAUGAAAGCUUUAAGAGGAAUAUUCAUCAUUUCAUCCAGUGAUAAACGAGUGACCUACCAACUCCUGUGAAGCUCAUUAAUUAACAUGUUUUAUCUCGUUUGUUUGAUCUCUGCAUAAAAACCAAAGUGUAAUAAUGAUGAUGUGGUUUGAUGGCGGUCAUGUGCCAAAUGUACAGACACAUAAGAUUAGAGUGACAUGAUUUGUUUUUAAAUUGAUGUCACCACUGAGAGCCAAUGAGAGGAUCUGUCUGAAGGUGUGUUCAGUUCAGUCCCGGUGAAGAUCCGCUGAAACGUUUCAUUUUCUCUGGGACACAAAGAGUCACAUGACACUGACCAGCGAUGAGGGGGGGGGGAUUCAUCUGGUGGCUUUGAAGAUCCUCCAGGAUUACAGAAAGAGAAGUGCAUGACGUUGUGUAAACUGUGGAAACUUCUUGUUUACACUGUAUUUGCUUCCAGCGGGUUUUCACCGUGAGAAAGCAAAGCGAAUAUCCUCCUCGGACCGCUGGACCAUUUGUCUUUAUUCCCCCCCAGACAGCUCGUGUACCAUCUGCACAGAUCUUAUCUGUGUCAUUACUUUUACCUCGGCCUCCGACUGAACUUAAAACGUCCUGGUAAACAUGUGAAUAUUCGCUCAGGUUUUACAUUAUGAACGUCCGAACCUCCGAUCUCUCUGCCUUGAUCCAAUUUGAUCUCUCCAUUGACUUUAUAUGAAAUCACUCCGCUUCUGAAAUUGGCUUCUCAGUCUGUCUGAACACACUGAUUUAAGUGUAAUGUGGCAUAUCAGAAUGAAAAGAGUAUUUUUAUUGAGACAUUUCCGAGAACCACAGUCCCCAGGCGCAGCAGAGCAUUAAAGAGGAAUAAAUCUGUUCUUUGCAAAAUGUCAUUUUAUUCACGUCUACAUCAGGAUAUGUGGUCACAAGAUGGAUGAAACAAUUUCUCCUCAAUAAACAUGGUCCAAAAAAGUGUCAUGAUUAUUUCUUUGUGCUUAAAAAUCAAAGCUAAUGGUUCAUAUAUUUAGAAAAAAAAAAAAA